GCGUUAGUGUGCCUCGCUUUCUCUCUCGCCUGGUGCUGCGUCCUGCUGAUGGUAUGGGACUAUAUCAACACCGUCGACCGGGCUAGAGAGUUGGGAACUACCGUUGACCAGUUGAAGAUCAUAGGGAGCGGGCCUGUGCCGGCAGACGGCGCGACCGCCAUCGUGAGCGGAAGCCCGCCAUCAGGCGGUUCCCCGACCUUGGACGACAGCCAAUUGAAUGCAACUGGAGCGCCAUCCAACUUCUCUGCUAUUGCAUCAGAAGGGUUACCAGAGGCAGACCCGGUCAAGACAUCAUUAAGGCACCUGUGUUUCGGUGUUGCUUCGGCGGCAAGCUCAUGGGGGAGAAGGAAGGCCAUUGUGAGGACAUGGUGGAGGCCAGGAGAGACACGAGGCAGUGUGUGGAUGGACUUCCGGGUGCGGACAGAUGAUGGAGACCCUGAGAUUCGUGUCUCCGAGCCCACUCCGCCUUGGAAGUUCCAUUACACUGGCGGUGGAGUCAGAGGGUACAUCCGUAUUACCAGAAUCUUCAUAGAGAUGUUUCGACUGGGCGAGCCAGAUAUUCGAUGGUUUGUUAUGGGUGAUGAUGACACAAUCUUCAACCAAGAUGCACUUGUUGAAGUCCUGGCCCGGUAUGACCACACCCAGAAGCUGUACUUUGGGGGAAUCUCAGAGACACACAUGCAAAAUGUGGCUCAUAGUCACAACAUGGCUUUCGGCGGAGGGGGGAUUGUGAUGAGUUACCCACUAGUCCUCGCUCUGAACAGCACUCUUGAUAACUGCAUGGAACGUCACACUGAAGUCUGGGGAAGUGAUGGCCGGCUUGCAGUUUGCACUGCUGAACUUGGAGUGCAUGUUAUACAUGCCAAGGGAUUUCAUCAAUGUGACUUGGGCGAUAGCUUGUCUGGCCUGCUGGAAGCGCAUUCGGUAAUGCCGUUCAUCUCUCUUCACCACGUUCUUCAAGUGCCGCCAGUCAUUCCCUAUCUCAGUAGCAGAAUUACCUCCUUGGAGAUGUUUGUGCAAGCCAUGCGGCCUGAUCCACUGGGAUUCUUGCAGCAGUCAAUAUGCUAUGACAAAUCAAGAAAUGCAAGGCGUUGGACAAUGUCCAUUGCGUGGGGAUAUUCCGUGAAGGUUUACCCAAAGAUCCUGAGGAUGAAGGAACUCCUACGAGCGGAGACAACAUUUGUGGCAUAUCUGGGAGGGCAGGACAGCAGCCAUUUUACGUUCGACGUCCGUCCAGCACGGCCGCAACUCUUCUGGUACCUGGGCCAGGAUCCAGAACGUCAGAUUCCGCGCUGUGGAUUUCCUUUCAUUUUGUACGUCACAAGUGUGCGGAUGCUUGCUGACGGCUCCGUUGAGAGUGUCUACAAACGCUGGCCUCGCCUCCCGCCAACGCGUCGGAUAUGCCCAAUGCCGAUCAUGCAGAUUCCGGAGAGUGCUCAGCUGGUGUUGCUGAAGAAGGCCGUUGAAGCCUGAGUAAAUUUUUUGUGGGGGCACACUUGUCAGAUAUAGAGACCUGGCUGAAUGCUCAUCUCGGUGAGAACUAAUUUGGCACAACUUU